AACCUCAAAAAUAAACCCUAGUCACCAUAUUUUCACAAAACCUCCGUCGUAGAACAACAGAGAGGCGUCUUCAUUUCUCCACACAUGGAACCGCCACAGCCAUCAUCUCCGUCGUCUAAACCCUGCGACGAAUGUAAAACAAACGAGUUCAAGUACAAAUGCCCCGGUUGCUCCGUACGGUCAUGCAGUCUCCCCUGUGUCAAAGCUCACAAGCAACGCACUGGAUGCACAGGCAAACGCCAACAGCUAACGGAGUUUGUUCCCCUUUCUAAAUUUGACGACAAUCUCCUUUUAUCUGAUUACAAUAUGCUUGAGGAUGUGAAAAGAAUAGCUGAUUCCGCCAAGAGAAGGAGAGUAAGUCUAUGUGGGAGUGACUACGGGAUUCCGUUGCACCUUAAAAGCUUGAUAAAUGGUGCUAGGAGUCGGAGAUUUAAAUUGUUCUUUUUGCCAACUGGAAUGUCAAAGAGACAAACCAACAAGACUUCUUUUAACAACAGGUGGAAAGUCUUCUAUUGGACAAUUGAAUGGCGCUUUCAUUCAACGGAUAUUAAGUUAAUUGACCAUGGAGUUAAUGAAAACUCGAAUCUCUGUUCGGUUAUUCAGAAACACUUAAAACCUGGUCCAACAAAUCAUCCAUUGAAGCCGUUUUAUCUUGAGCCCGUGGAAUCUCUCAAAUUUUAUAUUAGCAAAUACCCAAAGAAUCCAAGAUCACCCGUUCGUGAAUUGGACAUAAAUGCCCCCAUACGCAAACAAUUAGACAAUUUAGUUAUAAUAGAGUAUCCUGUUAUUCACGUUUUCCUUCCGUCACAUAGCCCUGAUGUCCAAGUACUGAAACCAAUAGUCAGUCAACAAGUGCAGCCCAAGACUGACCCGGUCAAUGAUAGUCAACCCGACGUUGACCCGAAAGGCGUGUUUUUCAAAGAAGAAGUAAUCAAAGAUCACGACUCCGAAGAGCCUCUUGUUUUGGAUUUGACGGACAAAUCAAACAGCAAAACAGAAACAAAAGACGACGGGGCUAAUGUUAUUGACAAGUCUCUGGUCAAUGACAGUCAACCCGACGUUGGCCCGAAAGGCGUGUUCUUCAAAGAAGAAGAAAUCAAAGAUCACGACUCCGCAGAGCCUCGUGUUUUGGAUUUGAUGGACAAAUCAAACAGCAAAACAGAGACAAGAGACGAAGGGGCUAAUGUUAUUGACAAGUCUCCGGUCAAUGAUAGUCAACCCGACGUUGACCCAAAAGGCGUGUUCUUCAAAAAAGAAGAAAUCAAAGAUCACGACUCCGCAGAGCCUCAUGUUUUGGAUUUGACGGAUAAAUCAAACAGCAAAACAGAGACAAAAGACGAAGGGGCUAAUGUUAUUGACAAGUCUCCGGUCAAUGAUAGUCAACCCGACGUUGACCCGAAGGGCGUGUUAUUCAAAGAAGAAAUCAAAGAUCACGACUCCACAGAGCCUCUUGUUUUGGAUUUGACGGAUAAAUCAAACAGCAAAACAGAGACAAAAGACGAAAGGGCUAAUGUUAAUGACAAGUCUCCGGUCAAUGAUAGUCGACCCGACGUUGACCCGAAAGGCGUGUUCUUCAAAGAAGAAGAAGUCAAAGAUCACAACUCUGCAGAGCCUCAUGUUUUGGAUUUGACGGAUAAAUCAAACAGCAAAACAGAGACAAAAGACGAAGGGGCUAAUGUUAUUGACAAGUCUCUUGAUUCAACAUGCAAUGAUAACGUGCUCUCGGAUUUGAUGAAUUUUGACUUUGAACCCGAGUUGGUUGAUGUUUAUUCCAGUCUCAUCUCGGAAACAAACCCUGAUGAUUUUCUUGAUUUUGAUGGUUUGUGUGACGAUUUGCCAUCAAAAGAAGAUAGUAAACUUGGAGAUAUUGAAGAGGAAUUGGAGGAAGGGGAAAUAGCGGAUUCGGACUAGUCUUUAAGCGUUGGUGGACCCCAUUUUUUGUUAAUUUGGCAACUCGGUUUCGAAGGUUUUUGGCUUUUAAUCUUGACAGUUAUUGUAGUUGAUGUAUAUGGAAUUAUGGAAUGAUGCAUCAAAACUUUGGAUAGUGAGAAAUACGAAGAUGCAAAUUUUGUGGCUUAUUGAAUGUGAUAUUGUAUAAGCUUUGAUUUA